AUGGAGCAAACUUGCUUGGAUCUUCAAGGUCUCGGAAUUUCAAGCUUUUGGGGCAUUAAGGAGACGGAUGUUGAGUAUGUUACUAUCGACCUGCGAAACAAUGCGCUGCGGAGUUUUGAGCACUUUGGCACCCAUCCGAAAUUAGUUGAACUGAGGCUUCAAAACAACCAAAUAAAAAGUUUAAUGGGUCUCACUAAACAACCUUUGCUUGCCGUAGUGGAUCUCGAUGGAAACCCCAUUGCUUCCCAUCCAUGGUAUCGCGUCAUGGCGCUAUUAGUCGUUGGAUUUUCCAUCACCACCAUUGAUGGAGUUGCUGUUUCGACAAAAGAGCGGGAAAUGGCGCAGGAGUUGGGUCCUAUUGCAGCCCUUGCAGUUAGUUAUGGAUGGAAAUUGCAGCCAGGGGAACGGUCGCCAGAGGAAUAUCGCCAAAUCAUAGACGAAUGUAAAAGGGUCCGUAAAUGCGCCCUGCAACAGCAUCAGGGCUCAUUUCAUACUAUUGAACUUGCUUUGAAGCAAUACAAAGGCACUGAAACUUUGUUGUCAUCUGCCCUUAACGAGACGUCCAUGGGAAAUGACUCAAGCGCAUGGAGCUUGGAAUUCCUCUCUGAACGUGUGAAGGAGCUUGAAAAUUCACUUAGCGAAGCUCGAGAGCAGCUGGAGGUUCAGCAGGCGCGUUGGAGAGAGUCAGUAGAUCUGGGUUACGUCGAGGGAAUAACUGGUGCGGAACUUGGUUGUGCGCGAAGCAUUUUGUUUACUGACGGCAUUUAUUUGCGUACAAAUACCAUGGAUUCGCCACCCCAUGGAAGUAACGGGCAGACGCGUGGUUCUGUCAUGUUUGAAGGUUCCUCAUUGGUGCUACUUAGUUUCAUGUCAAGGGUUCGAUUGGCUGAGUCAGCAUUGUGCAAUAUCAAGGUUGAGUACUGCCCGCCGAGUUCCCUGCGUGUGGAGGGGGCAUAUGGUGCAGCUUUUGAAAUUUUAUUCGAGCACACCCUGUCCCUGUGGUGUGUGUACAAAUUGUUGUACUUGCGGCGUGGAAUACCCGUUCCGCCGCUACAUCUAAGGGACCGGGUUGAAGGUGACGCCAUGCUAAGGAAAGUCACAACCACCCAACUGGGUCUGGAAAAUACAGAGAAUAGUGGUAUACCUAUCAGUUUCCUCAACGAAAAGAAUGAGCCUCACGGGGAAAAUAAUUCACCCCAGGAAUUCAUUGGGACCGUGAUGUCUCUUUCCUCGGAGCGGAGAUCUCUCCCAGAGGUGGAGUUGCCGCCUGGGGAUUUGCCAUCUCCAGGGAUUCGAAGCGUGCAGAUGAGCUCAGAUACAAAGGUUUCACCAGUGGAGAAUGUUUUGCAGGGCAAGCCUCUUGAGAAAAGGUCCAGCAGCCGUUCUGUGAGUGAUUUCCCUGCACUAAGACAGGAAGAGCACAUGGAGGCGAGUUGUAACACACUUGAAGAAUUACGCGCGACAUCUUGGUCAGUGUCACGUAGCCGACCUUCGCCGCCUUCACGACUACCAAGGCGUAGUUGCUCUCGCACAUCUCCACCACCCAUUCCCAAACGUCAUCCCUCGUCAGCCGGAAACACCGCGGUUCUGGAAAACUUGAAUGUUAUUGGCGGUCUUGCAAACUCCCAUGAAGAUGACCUUUGUCUUCAUAUUCAGCGGUUUCGCAUGCUUGCCUCGGAUUCGGAUUCGGAUUCGGAUUCGGAUUCGUGUUUGUUGAGAACAGCCCAUUCAGAAAGGCGGUUGUAA